AUGGCUAUGGCUGCGCAUCCGUCCUUAAUAAUUCCGGCGAUUCCCGCAGAGAAAGUCGGCUUCAAAUCAACUAACUCGUCGGCGGACGAAGAAGCUCCGAAAGAUAAGGUGGGGAAUACAUUUGGGUUACGGUACGAUUGCAUUGGGAACAAAAAAAUUGUGAAUCCUAAGACUUUAACCAAAGUACAUUUUUUUUCUUGAAGACUUGCUAAUCUCUCCUUUGAGAAUGACAUCACCUCGGUGCAUGAGAAAAUGGCUGCUCUUUGGGGAGGAAGAAAAGCCAAACGACCUACACAUUUCAGAUUUUUAUGGGCAAAAAAUUGAGAGUUUGCAUUCUAAAAGUCGUCCCUGAGGACAUACACACAAUUUAAUUCAAGUUUAGUUUAGAAAAUACUAGAGCUGAAUCGGAGAAGCAUUUUUUGAACGUUUUUUAUUGAUCUGAAACAUCUGGCCGAAGAUGAAAAGAUAUCUAGUCUUCGGUCAGAUAGUGCACAGACAACGUGUCGGACUUCCGUGACAACAAAAAAGAUUGCUCUGAAAAAUGGUUCUUUUAAUUUUGAGCAGUCCUUUCCGUAAACCUGAAAACCCACAUUCAAUUUUCGAAAGUGUGCUAGCUUUCUGCUUCAUACAACUGGUCUUUGAAGUUAUUUAUGGCCACCUAAAUAUUUUUUAUUAAGUAAAGUCAACAAAUAACACAAAACGUGUCGGCUGUUUGAUUCGCGGCUCAACGCACAGGGUUAUUUCAUGAAAAUUUUAUAUUUCAUCGCCUAGUAAAUGUUUGGUCGGCUAUUUUUUAAGCCACGGAAAGUAGCAAUUAUAAAUUGGAAAACAAAUUGCUGCUACGAAAUUGGACGUUCCCCUGGAUUUUUGCUUUUUGAGACUUUCAUACGAAAAUAGUUGGAGUUGAGGCUUUCUUAAAGUUGGAAACAGAUGAACGAACUCAAUGGACCUUUUUCGAAGACUUUGGCUAGCGAUACAAAAAUAAAAAUUCAUCGAAAUUCGUGAUUUACUGAGGUGGAUCUCACCUGAAGCGUCAAAAAAACUUAAAAAUUUUUUUAAAUUACUGUUUUUUUUUUUUUUUUAAUAGUAUGCUGAAGAUUUUUUUCUCAUCACAAAUAAGAAAAAUUUAAAAAAACCUUUCCAAAUUUAAUAUGCUACAAAAAAUGGGGUGUCUGAAAUUCAAAUAUCCACUAAUACCAGAAAUGAGCCUCCCAGUGUGAAAUGAAUCAGCCCAUUUUGAAAGCGUGGCCAGUUUCCGGGUCUUUCAAAAUCCCAUCAAAGUCCAAAUGAAAGCGAUCUCACCGUUGGAGCAGUCCAUAAGUAAGGCUCUCCAGGAGGGCUAGAGAGCGGAAGACGCAGACAAGUCUAUACCUCGCUCUCACUACGUCACAACUUCCCUCGGAGCGAGAGGCGGAGGACGAAAAAACAACACAAAAACGAAAAGCAUUCUUUGUCUUCCUCUUUCAUCAACACUUGUUCAUUAUUGCAAUCAUAUGGCUUCUUUUUUGUUUUGGAUGUGUCAUUCCAGGUCUCGCCACGUCGCGAGAUUUUUUCACCCUUCUCUGUUUCAAAAUUCUUUUCUGAAGAUACAUCUUCUUUCAACAAGAUGUUUCUGGCUCUCUCUGCAGUCUUAAUAAUGGGUGUUGGGAAGCCUUUGAGGCUUUUUUCGUUUCUAGAGACCACGACAAGUUCGUUUUUUCCGCUUGUUUCAAAUAGGUCUUUUUGAAUUUUCUAGGUUUUUUUCCCUCAUUUUUUUUUACUUCAUUUCAGGCAAAAUUGUCGACACAAAAGAUUAGAAAGUCAUUGUUCUUCUUUUUGAAGUUUUGAAGUCUGCUUUCUUCUUUCCAAUUCACAUCUAUAAUAAACGUGAAAAUUUUUUUACAAUAAAAAAACUAUGUAUUUUUCAGCCAUCACAAACUUCAUGUCGAAUCUUUCAAUUAUUUUUUGAUUAUAUAUUUUUUUCAUUUUUAAGUAGGAGUUUUGAAACGCUCUUGCAAGCAAUUUUGAUUUUCUAGGUUCUCUCCAUCUUUUCUCCACAUUUUUUUUGCCGCAAGCUUCCUUGCCGAAAAUUCGUUGACUAGAUUUGGAGGAGCAUCCUCGUUCUUUUUUAUCCCAGAAGUCUUCUGAGCCCUGUUCUCUGCUUUUCAACUGCCACCUAUGAAAAACAUUCCCGAAAUGCUCAGGCCAAAAAUUCAUUUUCUUUUUUCAUGUUGAGCACCCUUUUCAAAGCAAUGAUGCGUCAACAGUGAGUCCUCAAACAAAAAAAAACACACACAAAAUUCUCUUUUUUCUGAUGGUUGAGUUUUUCUGAAUCUUUGCUUGCUUUUCCAACAGUUUACGCUGCUCUGUGGCGCCAAGGUCAACAUUUUGUGACGCAUUUAUUUCAAUCUUCUGCGGAUUUAUUUCCACUUCAUUUCAAUUUUCGAUUGUUCAACUUUUCAGAUGGUUGUGUCUUGCACUUCUCACCGCGGUUCUACGGCCGGGGUGCUUCUGUUGCCCGAGUUCUCCAACAAACAUAUCGUCCUGGGUGGCAGAUACGAGUACGAGGACUCGAUCGACGCCAUGAUUGGCAUGGGCGCUUUCGGAAUCGUUUUCAAAGGAGAAGACACCGUCACAAAUGCUAGUGUGAGUUUCAGACAAAUUGCAGUUUCAAAUCGAAAAAAAAUCUUCUGGAAGCAGCUUUUCAACUCAUUUUCACAACUUUUUUUGAUAGUCUGCGUUUUGAAUCUACAAAUGUAUGGGGUUAAAAAAAUGAAUGAUAAACAAUAGACCUUGGGACGAUCCGUCAAGAAAUUUUGGUUACUGCUGAGAGUUUUCAAAAGCGAGUGCGUCCACUUUUUCUUCAUAAACUCAGACUUCAUUCUCGUGAAAGCCAGCUUCUUUUUGUAAUUUAUGUUCACGGAAGAUUUUGACAUUAUGAACCUGAAAAACAUGAAAAAUUUCACAGUGCUUCAGAUCUCCAAAAAGGCCCAAAGUGAGAUUGAUAGGAACCAGGAAGUAACUCUCCUAGGCUUUUCUCAGACUCACUAAUAGUUUUCGUGUUCUUCAGUCUUUCUCGGAAGUUGAGAGAAGAAUUGAGAAUGAAGACUUUGGCCCGGAAAUCAGCUUUUUGAAAAGGCUUUUCACUGGAGAAAACGAGGAAAUUCGCUCCCAGUCAUUGGAGGAAGAUUUUUUUUUGAGAGAAAAGUAAAAAAGUCUCAUCUAAGGAAAAAAUGAGAGAAGGAACUAGUCGUGUCUUCCAGAGGUUUUCUCAUCCCAAAUAAUUUUCUUUUUUCAGGUUGCAAUAAAACGAAUCCCUAAAUUGAAUGUCAAGGAGAAUGAGCUCAAGAUGAUAAGGUUUGUAAAAAAUUUUUGAAACAGAAAUCUGAUGUUGGUUUUCAGGUCCUUGAAAAGCGACUAUCUGGUCGGAGUCUUGGACAUUUGUCGGAUGGAUGACGUCACCUGCUGUUUGGUGAUGGAACUGUGCGACAGCGACCUCGACCAACACAUGAGGAACGUUUCCACGCAAGGUCGCCUCAGUCCCUCAAAUUUCCGGUAAAUUUGAGCUUUUCGAAAGAGAUGGCGUCGAACGAAUGUUUUUUCCCAUAGUCAAGUCCUCGCUCUUUGGUUUCAUGUAAUUUUUCAUGAAUGAGUGCUUCUCCUGGGAUGACGUCAGACUCUUCUGCGUUUUUCUCCUGAUGCGAAGAAAGCUGUUGAGAAGGGCUUCAAAAAGUAGAAAAAGCUUCAUUUUUGGAACUCCAAUAAACUUUGCUUCAGGCUAAAUUUUUCAGCUUUCGAUGCUGAGAAAUUUGUCUUUCGGUUCUAAGAACGCAUUUUCCACUUGUUGUGGGGUUAUUGCCAAUUUUCCAUCAUCUUCUCGAGCGAAGUCAAAACAUGACACAUGAGCAAAACAAUUUUUGAGGAGCCUUUUUGUGCCAAUCAUGUUGAUUUUUGUGCUUUUCGAAAAAAAAAAAUUUGGGGGAAUCAACUUGAAAUUUUGUUUAUUAAGGGACCGCUGUUUUGGCUUAGUCGUUGGCCUUGGCAGCCGAGAAGAGCCAAAAAAAAAAAUCUCAUAAUGUGUUUUUCAAACAAGUUUAAGAAAAAUAGAAGUUGAGUUAAUUUUUCAGCACUCUUCUCGACAACAUUGCACGUGGCUACAAAGCGUUGUACGAAAUGAAAAUCGUGCACCGUGACAUCAAACCGCAGAACAUUCUGGUCUCCUACCGUAAUCACAGCCCUUCGCAAAUAGCCGUGGCCAGAAUAACUGAUUUUGGUAAGUUUCCAACCGUGUUGAGCUCGAAGAGCGUUCAUUAACAAACAAAAACUCGAGAAGAAGAAAGUUUUAAAUCGCGUAACUAAAUACGUGUUUGUUCAAUUAAAUAAACACGUUUCAAGUGAGGCUCAAAACCUCUGUAGAAGAAUACACUCUCUUCUUUUUUAUCCUCAGGCCUUCCCAUCUUAUUAUUUCACCUUGUUUUUGCUGUGUCCGCGAUUCUAUUCAUUUCCUGUUUUUGCGGCAAUACUCACAAGCUUCUGAGCAGCUUGGAACACGAAGCAAAAGCAAGAAUAGGGAAGUAAGCACAAAAGCACAAAGCCCAAGAAGGGGUGACGUCCGUGCUCGUUUUUUUGAAAAGGGUUAAUACAAUGGGCGCUUCUUUGAUUGAGGAAAUUCACAUCGAAAAGCGAAUUUCGGCGAGAAAAACGAAUCAAAUCUCUUUUUCUCCAAGUAACCUGCUUUCUAAAAAAAUCUUCACUUUUUUUCAAAUUAACUCUUAAAGAAGGGCUCAAACCUUCACUUCUUUUUGAAAAAAUCUUCGAUUCGACUUGACUAAAUGUUCAGUUUCCUGUUCAUCACCUUUUAUCCUUUUUCCAGAUUGUCUUCAAAUAUUUUGUUCAGGAAUCGCUCGAACUCUCGAUGACGAGCAAGGCGCCGAGCUGUGCAAUGUAGCAGGAACUUUCUACUAUAUGGCUCCAGAGGUCGGGGCAAACUUGCUCAAAACUUGCCAAUACGACUUCAAAGUCGACAUGUGGAGCAUUGGAUGUCUUCUGUACCAAUGCGUCGCCGGAGAGGUUAACUGGAAUCAAUAGAUGGAUCAAUAACUUUUUUUGACAGGUUCCAUUCGAGGAAGGCUAUCUCUGUCGCCUCUUUCUGUACACAGCUUGUGCCAACUAUGAAGCCUACGAUCUUCCGGAAAUCCCCUCAACUGUAGAUCCAGAAGUUGUCAAAAUCAUCCAUUCUCUUCUCGCCAUAGACCCUUCCUUCCGUUGCAAUCCGACGCAGUUCUACAACAGAGCAACGAAUUGGAGCCAGAGCAUUCAUUGA